ACGAGGCGCUACCCGGUCGAACGGCGCGGCGGCAGUCCGAAGGUUGAUCGAUCCACCGGUUGCGCGCGCGCUCGUCGCAUGCGCGAUGCCAGGCCGCCGACACGCCGUGAGUCGCCACGCACCGCGACGGAUAGAAGCGCCGACUGAUAACUCGCGUGUUCGGCUUCGUAAAUAAAGCCGUCUCGCCUCUCUUUUUCCGCGGUGCCCGACCGCGGCUCGCUGCCGCACGCGGGCGUGGUCGCGCGCGCUCUCUUUCUCUCUCUCUCUCUCUCUCUCUCUCUCUCUCUUUCUCUCUCUCGUUCGUUCCCGUCCGCUCUCGGCGGCGAGAGUGUGUCAUCGUCGUCGGCGUCGUCGUGACUCGCGAGAGCGCGAGGGGUGCGUCGGGGACGUCCCGGCGGGACGGGUCGUACCGUCGAUGGUACCGACGGCGGCGGAUGUAUGCUGAGCGUCAACCCGCGUCGGCCGACUUCGCCAUCAGGCUGCCGCCAAGCGGGGAGGAGGUCUGUCUCGCGUGCCAGCACACAUCAAUGGUUCAGCUGGGAUGCCGACCAUGGAAUCUCAGUCUGACGAGCGUGAUCAUCCUGGCGCUGUCGAACAUGCUGCUGACGUUCCUGCUGCUGCAGUCGGAGACCUGCGUGCCGGAGCCGAUAGCGCGGGAGGUGGUGGAGGUGAGCGCCGUGACCGAAUGGAAUCUCGGCACCCUCGUCAAGGAGCAACAGCCGGAGUGCAUCACGCAGGAUUACCAACCGACGUCACCUGACGCGAGCGCUCUCAAGCUGGACAUUAAGCUCGGCAGAUGGGACGCGCGGCGGAUAUUCCGCACCUUCGACUCGGUGCUGGUCGGCAACCGAUUCGCCGAGCUGUCGCAGACCUACCGGGUCUGCCUGGCCACGCAGAGUUCCGUGGAGAAGCUGCACUCGCUGGUGCAAGUCGCCCUGCACUGGACCGGGCCGAUGUCGGUGGCGCUGUACGCCGCCGGUGACGAGGAGUUCGAGGUGCUGCAGCGGUACCUGGUGUACCUGAGGCGAUGCUACGACGCCAUCAGGGAGAGAGUGGUCUUCUCGCUGGCGGUGCCGAAGACGAGGCCGCCGAAGCAGCAGCCGCGCGUCUUCGAGCUGCCGGAGGUGGUCGACUGCGCCAAGCCGGAGGCCACUCUCAACGAACUGGCCAAUCGCAUAUCCAGCGAGCAGACCAACUGGAGGAUACGUAACGUCUACCCGCAGAAUCACAUGCGGAACCUGGCGCGCAAGAACUGCCAGACCGAGUACGUGUUCCUCACGGACGUCGACAUAGUGCCGAGCUUCAAUCUCACGCUCGCGCUCGACGACUUUCUCAGGAGCGACAACUGUGAUAAGUGCGCCUACGUUAUACCCACGUACGAGCUGGACACGCGCGUGCGCUUCCCCCAGAACAAGAGCGAGCUGGUCAGGCUAGCGAGGAAGGGCCUGGCCAGGCCUUUCCACCAGAAAGUUUUCAUACAUAAUCAGUUCGCCACCAACUUCACCAGAUGGCUGCAGGACGCGUUGCCGAACCAUAAAUAUCACGAGAACCUGAAGACCGGCAAGGUCUACGUUAGUCACGACGUGACGAAUUUCGAAUUCCUCUACGAGCCGUUCUACGUGGCGAAGGACAUCGUGCCGUCGCACGACGAGAGGUUCAUGGGAUACGGAUAUACGAGGAACACCCAGGUAUACGAGAUGUACGUGACGGGUUAUCAGUUCAAGGUGCUGUCGCCCGUGUUUACGGUCCACUGGGGAUUGCAGACCCGCAAGAGCAGGCCCGCGUGGCGCGAGCGGCAGAACAGUGCCAACAGGAAGCAGUUCGAGACGUUCAAGAAGGAGGUGUUCGCCCGCUACAUGCGGGACCCGCUGAAGAUGAUGAAGAACCCCGGUAACUGACGAAAGCCUCACCGGGGUUCUCGCUGAACCUCCGAGCGGCUCCUCCGGCGCGCUUUACAUUUUCGUUCUUAGGCUCAACAUCGAGGACUCAGAAGUAGAGUAGGCCGUUCGGGCUAAUCAUCGCGUGGUUACUCAUCACGUGACGUAGUUGAUAGAUUCGGAGUGUACUUCACGUCAACGAACGACUCGUGCAACGUACGUUUCUUUGUAUCCCAAGUUUCUGUUAAGUUGCCACUUUCUAGCGAUACGGGUGUGUGUGUGUGUGUGUGUGUGUGUG